AUCAGACGAGAGGAUUGUGAAUUGAAAGGUAAUACAAGGGACAGUCUCAUUUUCUUAUCAUGACCAUACUAAUCGGCAAUAUGUUGAUCUGUUUGUUUCUCCUAUGCUGCUGUCAAUCUUCUUUUGCUUUACAAUUGAAUGACUCCCCUGUCAUCCAAGCUUUAGCAGAAAGAAUAACUUUAUUAGAGCUGAACAACGGCAUGCAGCAAAUGGUUGAUAGCCGCAUUUAUGAUCCACUCUCAAAUAUACCCGGAAGAAUUGACGUCAUUUCUGAAACAUACAGAAACUUCGAAAGUAAAAUCCGUACCCUCGAGGAAAAAUUGCUUGACCACGAAAACGUAAUCAUCCAACUGAAAGAUUCAAAGGACAGAAUUAAUACUUUGGAAAAAACUAUCCAUGACUUAUCGAUAACUGUGAGACAACAGAGAAAGGACAUUAAACGUACACGGGGACUUGAAACCAAAUUUGUUGACCAAGGCAGAACAAUUUCAGAUCUAAGAAAACGGACAUUUGAUUGUGAACGUAUAAUUUUCAAUUUUCAAAAUCAAUUGGAUAUGUUUCAACAUAGUGAGAAAUCCAGAAAAAACAUAGCUGGUCCACUGGAUAAGUCACAUGGAUAUAAUGGACAUGAGAAGGAGGAAAAGCAUAGUUCAAUCAGAAGCGUCCGUCAAGAAAAGAGAGAAUUCCAUUCACAGCAAAAAAAAUUGUUAUCACCUGUAGCUACAACACAUCCAUCCCUCGCCACCCAUACCAUUGCCUUCUAUGCCUAUAUGACUCGUGAUACACAAGCAAUUACUAUUCAACAUUCUCUUACUUUUGAUGUUGUGAAGACUAACAUUGGAAAUGGCUACCACCCUGCAACAGGCGUUUUCAUCGUACCCGAGAGCGGAGUCUACGUAUUCACUUGGAGUAUAAGAGAGAAUGGAAAUAAUUAUCACCCAGCAGAGUUGAUGGUGAACACUGACGUGCUUGGAGUUCUGUAUGUAAAUGGAGACGGUAAUUCUUCCACUGGCACUGGGGUAGUUGUCACUCAUGUCAAUGCAGGUGAUGAUGUAUUUAUAAGAACGUCUUCUUACGCUCCAAACAAUAUUGGUGCUGUAGGUAGCAAUGAUGCCGGGCGGUCUUCUUUUGCUGGAUGGAGAUUGUGUUGAACAAUAAAAUGAUGUAACUUUGUAGGAA